AUGGUAUUUCGUACCAUAUCCUCAAUCCGAGACAGUAUUAUAAAUAUGUCAUCGGACAUCAUUACGUCAACUGACACACCGCUUCAAACGUCCACUAUCAUUCCGACAGUGGAACUGAUUCUGGGAACAAUAACAUACUUGGUGAUUAUUGUGAUGACGAUCGUCGGAAACACAUUGGUCGUUGUUGCAGUAUUCAGUUAUCGACCACUAAAAAAAGUUCAGAAUUAUUUCCUCGUCUCACUGGCCGCAUCCGAUUUAGCAGUGGCGAUUUUUGUGAUGCCGCUACAUGUCGUCAAAUUUCUAGCAGAUGGUCGUUGGUUGCUGGGAAUCCCGAUUUGUCAAUUUUUCACAACGGCUGAUAUUCUCUUGUGCACAUCUUCAAUAUUGAACUUAUGCGCCAUAGCAAUUGACAGAUAUUGCGCUAUUCAUGAUCCCAUAAACUACGCACAAAAACGUACACCACGUUUUGUCUGCUUGGUAAUACUUACGGUAAGAGGAUUUAUUUUUGAACAGUAG